AUGGUACGCAAUGUGGACGACUUGGACUUUUGCCUUUCCUCCCACCCCCAGAGCAUCCUAGAGGGCCUACGCUCCCUCCGCUCUCACCCAAAACUGGUGGACAUUACUUUGAGUGCGGGGGGGCGGGACUUCCCCUGUCACCGAAGCAUCCUGGCUCUCUGUAGCACCUACUUCCACUCCAUGUUUUCAGGGGACUUUGUGGAGAGCAUUGCUGCACGUGUGGAGCUUCACGGUGUGGACCCAGAUAUUCUAAGCUGCCUGCUGGACUUUGCUUACACUGGCAAGCUGACAAUUAACCAGGGCAAUGUGGAAGAACUGAUCUGCACCUCGAGUCAGCUGCAGUUCCAGACAGUACGGGCUGUAUGUAGUAGAUACCUCCAGCACCAGAUUGAUGCCACGAACUGCCUGGGAAUCCUGGAGUUUGGGGAGAUCCAUGGCUGCCCAGAGGUGGUAGCCAAGGCAUGGGCCUUCCUCUUGGAGAACAUUGAAGCUGUGCAGCGGGGUGAGGAAUUCUUGCUGUUGGUAAAGGAGAGGCUGGUGGCUUGUCUGUCCAAUGAAGGUCUACAGACACGAUCAGAGUGCACUCGGGUGGAGGCUGUCCUGACCUGGGUCAGGCACCACAAGGCGUCACGGCUCUGCCACCUUCCUGAGCUCUUUGCCCUAGCCCGGCUCUCCCUUCUCAGUCCAGACUACUUGGCUGACAACUUGCUGAAGAACGAUCUCGUCCAGGCCUCCCCCAGCUGCAGGGAGGCUGUGGAAAAAGUUCACAAAGAGAGUCCACAGCCCAACCUGCAGGAGGUGCUGCUUGUAAUGGGAGGUCGUUCUCUGGAUGACUCAGACGAUGAAGAGGAAGAUGAGGACAGAGACCCAAGACUACUGCCCAGGAACUGUGCCUUCUACAACACGAAGACCCAGCAGUGGUAUCAGCUGCCUAAUUUUCCCAACCCAAACAAGUGGGGAUACUCUAUGGUUUCACUGAAUAAUGAUGUCUACGUCACAGGGGGCUCACGAGGUUCAAACACCAACACCUGGUCAACCACAGAGACCUGGAAGUACAUCACUCGAGAGGGGAGAUGGGUAACUGUGGCUCCCAUGCUCCGACCUCGAACUAACCACGCAUCAGCAACGCUGAAUGGAGAGAUUUACGUCAUCGGAGGUACAACAUUGAGCUAUGUUGAGGUUGAACACUAUGACCCUUACAACGACACCUGGGCCCUUACAUGCCCCGCCUUGAGAUAUGUUACUAACUUCACUGCCACUGCAUGCCAUGGAAAGCUCUACCUGAUUGGCUCAUGUGCAGUGAAGUAUAAUGCAUUGACCAUGCAAUGCUACAACCCUGUCAUAGAUGGUUGGAGCAUAAUUUGCUCACCCUUCAUUCCUAAGUACCUCUCCUCACCUCGUGCUGUUUCUGUGGAUGGAAUCAUUUAUUUGAUUGCUGACAACACAAAAAAAGUUUAUUCUUAUGACCCUGAUGCAAACAUGUGGCAGAAGAUUCAGUUUCUCCACAUGCUCCAUGAGAAUGGAGGACUGGUGGUGCUGGAUGGGCUGCUGUUUGUCACAGGAGGCCAUUGGAAGGGUAUGGAGGGUGAUUAUGGAGUGGAAAUGGAGAUGUACGACCAGGCAUCCAACACCUGGAAGGUGGAGGGCUCCCUGCCAAGACUUUGGUUCUACAGUGGGACUUGUGCUAUCUUCCUUGACCCAGCCCAGUGGCCGGAGCCUUUCCCCAUAGAUGCAACUUAAACACAUUGCUCUUGACUGAAAUCAGGGUCUCUGUGCACACAGACAGUCAUUUGUUACAAUGCAUAUGGAAUGCUAAUCACAUGAUUGUAGGGAUUUGGCUGUACCCUAGAAUAGCAUGUAACUUGAUCCUCAGGUAUCCUGUUGUUUUUAGGACCCUUUUGGCUGCUCAUGGCAUGCUUAUUUUCAUUAGAGGUCAUGUGUUUACCUUAAAACAUUGUUUACUUCUAUUCUAUAGUUUCUGCCAGUUGAAUCAGUGUCUUUGUAGAAAAUAUUCUAAAAACUGUUUGAUUGUCAAUAACUUCCAGAAUGUAUGAUUGCCUCUGUAGUUAUUGUUGAUGCUGCUGUUGUUGCUCUGAAAAAAAGCAUGACAAAGCUGUUGUUCAUGUUAAGCAGUUUUUUUGUUUUUUUUUGUUUUUUGUUUCAUUCCAACAGCCGAAAAAUAUCCAUUUGUACAACCUAGUCCAGGGGUCCCCAACCUUUUUUGCACAGCGGACCGGUUUAAUAUUGACAAUAUUCUGGCGGACCGAGGGAGGGGCGGGGGUGAGUUAAUAAUGACCGGACUAUAGGUUAGGCUUAUGAGUCAAUAGUAUCACAACAUUUAAAGUAAAAUUC